UUGACAAAAAAUGACUUCGGUGAUUAUAUUAAAAGUGUGACGAACUGCUGCUGUGGACCUCCCUAACUAACCGACGUUGAUUAUCGUAGUAGUUGUUGUGCCUUUAACAGCCAACAUGUCUGUAGCUUCACAAUUGCUUGUAAAAAUAUGUGGUUUCAUAGUUGACAGGGACAUGUCAAAACACAGGCUUACAGCUGUGAGUCAUUUUAAAAACAACAACUCUUUGUGUCCCUCUCAUUUGUCCCUACCCAUAGACAAGUAAAAACCAGAUAAAAGUAGAUUUGGUGGAUGAGAACUUCACAGAGCUGAGGGGGGAGAUAGCAGGUCCUCCAGACACACCAUAUGAAGGUGGCAGAUAUCAGCUUGAAAUAAAAAUCCCAGAAACUUAUCCUUUUAACCCACCUAAGGUGCGUUUCAUCACUAAGAUCUGGCACCCUAAUAUUAGUUCUGUAACAGGAGCAAUAUGUCUGGACAUUUUGAAAGACCAGUGGGCAGCUGCAAUGACCCUUCGGACGGUGCUAUUGUCCUUACAGGCUCUUCUUGCUGCAGCAGAACCAGAUGAUCCACAGGAUGCAGUAGUAGCAAAUCAGUACAAGCAGAACCCAGAAAUGUUCAAACAGACUGCAAGGCUGUGGUCUCACGUCUAUGCAGGCGCUCCCGUCUCCAGUCCUGACUACACGUGCAAAAUAGACAAACUCUGUGCCAUGGGCUUUGAUAAGAAUGCAGUAAUAGCGGCCUUGUCUUCGAAAUCCUGGGACGUGGAAACGGCGACAGAGCUGCUGCUCAGCAACUGAAACGCAGCCUGGUGUGAGGAUCCCAAACUCCCCUCAUCAUAAUAUCAGCUCCUCCCCGGCAUCCAUUCCACCAUUGCCUUUUGUUAUGCAGACAACUCCCCAUCCACCACAGCAGUCUGAGCCUUCUUUUAUAAUAAUUAUUGUUUGCUAUAAACUCAACACCGGUUGCAUCACAAUCGCCAAAAUGCACACCACCUUACUGCCUGUCUGACUGACCCCAUCUGUCUUUUCUUCCACUAACUCAAAAUGUGUAUCCUUGUAACAAGCCACCAAAAAACAUUCAUACAUCAUGUCUUUCAUGCCCUUUUAUUCAUAUUAGCUUUGAAACAUUUUUCCCCACAAAUUUUGUUCAUUCAUUUUGCAAAGAAUCAAAUAACUGCCAUUGCCUGGUGGGUUUUCCAGGGUAAGAAGUGAAGGAAAUCCUGCACACUGCUCUUACGUCACCUUUAACUCCCUCCAGCAGCCACUUGUGUUAGAUCGUCUCUUUUAUGGACAUUUAAUGCUAUAAAUGUCGAGCUGGAUUAGAUUUACUCGACUAUAUAGUGUUCUGCAAUGAGCAUUGCAAUGUUUUUUUUCCAUCAACAGUUUAUCAUACAAACCCAAUUCCCAAAAAGAUGGGACACUGAAAAAAAAUGCAAUCAUUUGCAAAUCCUUUGCAGCCUACACUCAAUUGAAUACAGCACAAAGACAAUAUCUAAUACUCAAACUGGGAAACUGCACUCAUUCUGAAUUUGACACAUUCUAGGUUGUUUUUUCCCCCCAACAUUUUACACAGCGUCCCAGCUUUUUUGGAAUCAGGGUUGUAGAUGCUUCAAUCACCUGCAGAGAGUCUCUACAAUAAGAAAAGAUCACAAAAACAUCCUCAAACAUCUGCACAGAAGUAAAAAGGUUCUCUGUAAAUAGGUGCGUGUAAAUUUGGAAAUACAAUGGGGAUAUACUUCUUUUUCUUAUAUGGCAUUGUAAAACAAAUUAUUUUAAAUAUAAACUAUGCCUAGUUUACAAUUAUAUGGAGAUAUAUCUUUUUAUGCUUUUGUGACCCAUGAGGAAUCCCUCUGAAUGGCCUAUUGUGUUUUUCCCCUUUCUUCCUCCCUUCUGUUUUUGAGGUGUGGUGGUAUGAGGUACUAACCCAUGGUCACGUAUUACCUACAGUAGAUGGCGGUUGUCACGCACCCAAUUUGGAAAAGUAGGCAAAAAUACUGGUUCGGUUGUGAAGCAAUGUACUGAUGUGGAUGGUGGCAGCAGUAAAAAGUAUUUUAGCCACCUAAAAACAAAUGCCAAACAAACUAUCUACUGUAGUUAAUAUACAGACUAUGUAUAAGUACCUCAUACAACCCCACCCGGAAAAAAUCUGAACUAUCCCGAUUGUUAUUUAGGGAUGGCACAGCCAAACUCCUGGCCGCAAUGGGACAGGAGGAGACAGCCCAGCUCAGGCUUUUGAAGGUCAUUACAUGCCACCUUUUCUUGUGUCUUUUCUUCUCCUUGCAUGUUCUAUGCUGCCUUUUAUUUUAUUUGGCCAAAUGAUGUGGUGAUGGGGGUGUCUGUUCGGUUCGACAUCCCUUCAGACUUGUGGCAUUCGCAAGACUCUUUCUAAACUGUGGAAAGAGACACCUGGAAACUGCUCGGCGCGCUACUGAGGCACACGUUUGGCCCGACAUCUGUAGGGAACCAAAGCCUUUUCUGAGUGUGUUGCUGGAAAAUUGAACGGAUUCAACAGAAAAAAAACACCUCAAGAUGAAA